GACCGAAGGUUGGUCGUGAACCCAGUGGCGAGUGACAUAAACCUCGAGUCAGCUCGAGGGUUAGAAGACCGGAGAGGAAGCCUUCACGCUUCAGCGUGUCAGACUUCUCAGUGCCUGGCACCUGCAGCAGCAGCUGGUUUGGAUUUUGACCGGUUCUACCCGCGCCUUAAAGAGGGCCAUGUUACAGCUUUUGGGGCCGGUUGUAUCCGAGGCCCUCGGUCAGCCGAUCGCUGCGGGAAGGUGGAGGCAGGGGGCCGGAUUCCGCCCCUCGAUCUCUCUUUAUGAUCGCGAGCAGCGGAACGCUUGUGUGCCGAGGGCUGAGCUUGCCAUGUCGAGGCCAUGGCUGGUGUCGUUCGCGAUAAUCGAUGCGGUUGGAAAAAAAAGCGAGAAGUUUCCCACGAUGGAAACGCAGUAGGUUCGUUGUGAUGGAAAGGUCAACGACAGUGAUUGGUCACGCAAUCCUAUGCUCAAGAACGCUGCAAAUUUGUGUAGGAAAGCUCAGCCUUGUUUUUAUGGUGGUUGUUGAAAAGUUUAGUACAAGCAUUUUGAGGUGUUUGAACCAAAUAUGGGUACCAAGUUCGAACUAGUGUGCUGGAGAUGGUUUCGGAGGAGUAUCAUGAGAAACCUCCACCAAACUUACAACAGCAACCUAUGCAUCUAUGGGAUUUUGCCUCGUAUGAUAUCCCACAAACACCGAAGACGAAUUUGCAGUGCAAGUUAUUGUACUACAAUAUUGUAAGCACAGUGGUAGAUAUGGUCCAGAUAUUCUCAUGUUGCUUUUAAAACGAUCGUGGAAACCCAGCUGGAACUUCGUACAUCAUAUGUGAUACAAAACGCAAUUACACCGUCCCUAAAAGUGUGUCAUUGUGGUGGACCUCGUUCUACAGCUCGAGCUACACAUGUGACCAAUGGUGAACGUUCAGUACCUGUUUCCUCCUUUAGGGGUAAAUCAUCACAUCCAGAAGUACUUCCCUUUUCAAGCAUUUCAAUUGACCCCUUGUCUUACUCUGCUAACGCCUUAAAACCAACAAUUGUUUGUAUUCUCAUUGUUCGAGGCUUGAAUGGCAUACAGUAACUCGCAGCUUCGCGAAAUUUGAAAAUCAUGUAAA